CCUCAGUCCCUGGUUUGGUUUUGGGCUGUUGGGAGCAUGUUUGUUCCUGCCCAAGAUGCGCUUCGUGUUCAUGGUGAGCCCAGCUAGGAAACCCAAAGAAACCUGGAAAGCAAGUCAUGUGGCAACCAGAACUAUACACUGCAACAUCUCAGAAUAUAAAACAAGGCAACAAACAUGCAAUUUUCUUUAAAAAAUGUCAGGUGACGGAAGUGAAGUGUUUACGCAAGAGAAAAUAUUGGAACAUGGCAGCAAUGUUUCAGCUUCUGAGAGAGCAAUGCAGAAUGAAAAGACAGAACAAAUACAAGAUGAUAAGAGGCAGCGUUCUGAAAGCUCUAGCAACGAACAGGAAGGCGACCAGAUGUCUUCAGGGCAUCCUUCAAAUGUGGAACACUUCAGCGGAGGCAUAACUACAGAUGUUCCUACCGAUUGCAGUGAAUCUGUGAGCCUUGAACCAGAACCUGGAUCUGAAGAACUGAACAAAAAUAAUGGCCCAGACACGGAUUCAUCUCCUAAAGGGAGUGGAUGGACAACCUGGGGAUCAUGGGGCAAAUCUCUGCUUUCAACAGCUUCUGCUACAGUUGGCCAUGGGCUAACAGCAGUUAAGGAAAAAGCAGCCACUCUCAGAAUUCAUGUCCCGGGAACAUCAGAAGAUGUACAUCCUUCUGACCCAGCAGAAAGCCCCAUCCCAGACAUGGACGAGACCACACAGAACAGCUCUUCAGAGAACACACCUUUGCCUUCAUCUCCUUCUGCAUCACGUGGAAUGUUUUCAACCAUCAGUAGUGCCGUACAGAACACCGGCAAGAGCGUCUUAACUGGUGGCCUUGAUGCUUUGGAGUUCAUUGGCAAGAAAACUAUGAACGUCCUUGCAGAAAGUGAUCCUGGAUUUAAAAAAACCAAAACAUUGAUGGAACGAACUGUUUCCUUAUCCCAGCUGUUGCGAGAAGCCAAAGAGAAAGAGAAGCAGAGGCUGGCCCAGCAAGUGACAUUUGAAAGGACGGCACAUUAUGGGCUGCUGUUUGAUGAGUUUCAGGGUCUGUCUCAUCUGGAAGCUCUAGAAAUUCUGUCUAAUGAAAGUGAAGCCAAGAUACAAUCAUAUUUAACAUCCCUUGAAGGAGAGGAAUUGGAAAAAACAAAAGAUGCUUUAAUUGCUAUUAAAGCAGUCUUUCUUCCAGAAGAGUCAGAAAAUGAAGACAACGAAGGAAAGAAAGUAGAUGCAGGAGAUGAGUUUGUGACCAUGCUUACAGAAUUGCUCUUUGAAUUACAUGUUGCUGCCACUCCUGACAAACUUAACAAGGCUAGAAAGAAAGCUUAUGAUUACCUGGAAGAAGCUAGACUCCCCGAAUCUAGAGAAAAAAUGGAAGAGAACAGAGAAGAGAAAACGAAAGUAGAUGAAGCGAACCAAGAAGGUGAAGAAAAGCCUCAAACAGGUGAAUCUGGAGACACAGAAGAAACAAAGAACAAAACUGUAGAGGAAAUUUACAUGUUGUCUAUUGAAAGCCUUGCCGAAGUAACAGCCCGUUGUAUUGAACAGCUCCACAAAUUAGCAGAAUUAAUCCUUCACGGACAAGAAGUUGAGAAGCCUGCCUUGGAUCAAGCAAAAGUUCUAACAAAUUUAACAAGUACAAUGUGUAAUGAAGUUUCUUCCCUGUCGAAAAAUUUUGCUGAUUUCUUAACUUCAGUUGGGAGUGACAAAAAAGCCGAAGUCCUUAACCCAAUGGUCAACAGCGUACUAUUAGAGGGUUGUAACAGCACCACUUACAUCCAAGAUGCUUUCCAGUUAUUGCUUCCAGUUCUCCAGAUCUCUCAUCUCCAGAAUGACUGUUCAAAAACACUACAAUGACCACUUUGCAUUUAAAAGAACCAUCAGCCCAAUAAUCUCUUGGUUGUGUUUACAGUUCAAAAAUAUGUCUGAUGCCUUUAAAAGACACUAAAUGCAAUUUUGCACAUGCAGAAUGAGUAAUACUCUUGUAUUUAGGUAAACCUAUUUAAACAUACAGUUUCAUAAUAAGGGUGGAAACUGUCAUAUUCCUUGUAUUAAUUUAAGGUAAAACGUGUUUAUUUCUGUUUUAUUGGUUGAACUUCAUUUUGGGAUAUUGCUGUACUAACUUGCAUCCCAUUUUGAAACAUUUGCACUGGCCUGUUUGCCCAGGGUGCCAGAAUGAAGUCUGCUGAUCCGAAAUCAGUGUAAAGAACUGAGGCACAGUUUGUUACACUCCAAACUAAGUAGUCUGGGGAUUCAGCACCUAGUAGGGUAGCUGUUCUCUGCAUGCAUGAAGGUGAGGCAGCAUCUCCUUAUUUAAGUUCAACGGCACUUUUCCCAUACCAACAGUUUCAUGUAGCUUAAAUGUAACAUAAGUUUUCUUGCCUUAACGGAAUCAUGAACUAAUGGCAGUGCUUCUUUCAUAGAUACAAAGUCACAACCUCGUCAUUUAGAUUGCUGAUUCAUUCAGAGGCCAGCAUGAAUCAAUGAUAGCAUCCAUUCAUGCUUGUAUGACAACCAUUGUGCAGAAUGCAUCAUGAGAUUGUCUGCACUUCCUGGUCUGGUCCAAGCUUUCUACUGCUGCUUCUCCCCAGUGGCAAUCUCCAAUGUGUAAGUGCUUUUUAGAAGGGUAGCCAUGCUAGUUUGUUGCUGCAGAAAUGACAGCGGCACUGUAAAGAUUGACAAAUUUAUUAUAGCAUAAGCUUUAAUGGACUAUAUACUACUUCAUCAGAUAUGUGAUGGUGUUUAGAUGACAGAAAAGGUUGACAGUGGGGUCAAACAAUGAAAUGCAAAAUGUGCUGUCUGAAAAUUCAAUUAAGGCAUGAAUGUGUGCAAAAUAAGCACACUGACAAUUCGCAACGGCACUAAAUGUUUGUGGCUGCCAAGCAGUGAAGUCCACCAAUUUCCACAUGCUACUCUGCCAUUACUAUUGACUUCAGGGUCUUUGUGGAAAAUUGUGAUUUAUCACUACUGUAGACACAGCGAUAGUGUUUGCUGCCUCAAAGUGGAGUGCUGCUGUCAUAUGCCAAACCAGUGCAUUAUUUAUGGUAGAAGUCCAGUCUCUGGUUUAGACGAGGCUAUUCAGAAAACUAAACUUACUAGCAAGUAUGGUGCCUUCCAUUAAUCCAAUUGAAUAAUGAGCUAUCAUUUUGUUAAACAUGACCUUUUUUUAAAAAAAAAAAGGUCCAAGGGCAGAUUGUUUGCUUGAGUCCUCACCUACCCAACUUAUUGACAAAUGUCAUUUUCUCCCCUGAAAAGUAUGUGCAUAUAAUCAUUUCUAAAAAUUGAUAUUUUACAUCAGAAGCAGUAUGUUAAGAUUUUAUGUUGCUAAAAUUCACAGACAUUUUUUUAAAAAAAAUCUCUUGUGAUGUGUAGCGCUUAUUGCAUCCUGCAUAUGGGAUUCUCCUUUCAUGUUUUAUCAACUAAUAUAAACAUCAAUAAAGCUAAAAACAAUGUUUGCAUCCA